CAACGGGACACAAUGACAUGCAGUACCCAGAGAGAAUAGCAGAGUAACACUAGCCGGGGCCACUCAGUAGAUCAUCACACCUGCAGACUAGCCAAGAUGGCUCAGGCAGAUGAAACCCUGCAGGAACUGUAUGAGAGUCGGGAGACGUGGUGCAUGGUGGAGAGGGAUCCUACCCAAUACUUUGCCAGGGCGGAGAGAAGGCAUUAUCCUCACCAGUUCAAGAGCUCCCUGAACCUGCAGCCCCCACGAGCCACUGAAGGCAGGAGCACAUGGGCAAAUAUCACCCCAAAACACCGGGAGAAGAGGCACUUCCCUGACACGGGGAAAGGACAUUUAGUGUAAGUGGAAUUUGAUGCUGAGAUUAAAGGAACGACUUUGGGCUUCUCUGCACGAUCCUGCAAAUGGUGCUAAAUGGAACUCCCUAUGGCAUCAUCACUAAAGGACUGGGUGCUGUGAUAUUUUCAUUGCUUUACCACCUGGAUUGAAGUGUUAUCCCCUUACCCUAUGGCUAUUUAUUUUCUCCCUCUGAUAUGUGACAUUAAGGAGCUUGGCAUUCUCAGGAAUAAAAGCUGCCAUAAUAAAAU